AUGUUGGAACAACAACACCACACCAUGUUGGAACAACGACACCACACCAUGUUGGAACAACAACACCACACCAUGUUGGAACAACAACACCACACCGCUGUGGUGGACAUGUUGGAACAACAACACCACACCAUGUUGGAACAACAACACCACACCACUGUGGUGGACAUGUUGGAACAACAACACCACACCAUUAUGGAACAACAACACCACACCAUGUUGGAACAACAACACCACACCGCUGUGGUGGACAUGUUGGAACAACAACACCACACCAUGUUGGAACAACAACACCACACCACUGUGGUGGACAUGUUGGAACAACAACACCACACCAUGUUGGAACAACAACACCACACCAUGUUGGAACAACAACACCACACCACUGUGGUGGACAUGUUGGAACAACAACACCAAACCAUGUUGGAACAACAACACCACACCACUGUGGUGGACAUGUUGGAACAACAACACCACACCAUGUUGGAACAACAACACCACACCAUGUUGGAACAACAACACCACACCACUGUGGUGGACAUGUUGGAACAACAACACCACACCAUGUUGGAACAACAACACCACACCACUGUGGUGGACAUGUUGGAACAACAACACCACACCAUGUUGGAACAACAACACCACACCACUGUGGUGGACAUGUUGGAACAACAACACCACACCAUGUUGGAACAACAACACCACACCACUGUGGUGGACAUGUUGGAACAACAACACCACACCAUGUUGGAACAACAACACCACACCAUGUUGGAACAACAACACCACACCACUGUGGUGGACAUGUUCGAACAACAACACCACACCAUGUUGGAACAAUGA